AUGUCAAAAAUAGUAAUUGAUUCUCCAUGGGCAAAAACUAAGGAAGAUAUAUUUACUCUUUAUAAUGUUGACGAACAAAAUGGUCUUUCAGAAGAAACUGUCAGAAAACAUCUAGAACUGUAUGGCCCAAAUGAACUACCUGCCGAAGUGGGUAAACCACUUUGGAAACUUAUCUUAGAACAAUUCAACGAUCUUCUAGUCAAAAUUUUACUUGCAGCUGCUUGCAUUUCAUUCGUCUUAGCCUUAACUGAAGAACAAAAAGAAGAUGAAAGUCUUGUAGCUGCUUUUGUUGAGCCAAUUGUUAUUCUUCUUAUUCUAAUUGCAAAUGCUACUGUCGGUGUAUGGCAGGAAAGAAAUGCAGAAAGUGCUAUCGAAGCAUUAAAAGAAUAUGAACCUGAAAUAGCUAAAGUUGUUCGACAAAACCGACCAGGACACAUUCAAAAAAUUAAAGCACGAGAACUUGUACCAGGAGAUGUUGUUGAAGUAGCUGUUGGAGAUAAGGUUCCAGCUGAUAUUCGCAUAACAUCUAUCCAUUCGACAACAGUUCGUAUUGAUCAAUCAUUAUUAACUGGCGAGAGCGAUUCUGUCAUUAAACAUACAGAUCCAGUAACUGUUGAACGUGCUGUCAAUCAAGAUAAACUCAAUAUUCUCUUUUCUGGAACUAACAUUGCUGCUGGUAAAUGUCGAGGUGUUGUUAUUGGAACCGGAUUGAACACUGAAAUCGGUAAGAUUCGAUCAGGGAUGGCGGAAGCAGAAGAAGAAGAAGAAAAAACACCAUUACAACAAAAACUAGACGAAUUUAGUGAACAAUUAUCAAAAGUUAUUUCUAUCAUUUGCGUCGCUGUAUGGGCUAUCAAUAUUGGUCAUUUCAAUGAUCCAGUUCAUGGUGGUUCAUGGCUUCGUGGUGCUGUUUAUUAUUUCAAGAUUGCUGUUGCUCUUGCUGUUGCUGCUAUUCCUGAGGGUUUACCAGCUGUCAUUACAACUUGUCUUGCAUUGGGAACUCGUCGAAUGGCUAAGAAGAAUGCCAUUGUUCGUUCAUUACCAUCAGUCGAAACACUUGGUUGUACAUCAGUCAUUUGUUCUGAUAAAACUGGAACAUUAACAACUAAUCAAAUGUCAAUUUGUCGAAUGUUCAUAUUCGGUAAAGUUGAAGGAAAUGACUUUCAAAUUGAUCAAUUUGAAAUAACUGGAUCAACUUAUGAACCAAAAGGUGACAUUCUCUUUAAUGGAUCAAAAUUCAACUGUUCAGAUCGUAGUGGAUUGGUUGAACUUGCUGAAUGUGCAGCUUUGUGUAAUGAUUCAGCAUUAGAUUAUAAUGAGACAAAGAAAGCAUUCGAAAGAGUUGGUGAAGCAACAGAAACAGCUUUGACUGUUCUUGUCGAAAAGAUGAAUGUAUUCAAUACUGAUAAAUCUCGUUUAUCACCUCAAGAACUUGCAAUGUCAUCGAAUACAGUCAUCCGCCAAAAAUAUCGUAAAGAUUUCACAUUAGAAUUCUCACGUGAUCGAAAAUCAAUGUCAAGUCAUGUGACACCUACAGGCAGUAGUCAGUCAGGAGCUAAAAUGUUUGUAAAAGGCGCGCCUGAAGCAAUAAUCGAAAGAUGUACACAUAUUCGAGUUGGUACACAAAAAGUUCCAAUGACUGAAACAAUAAAAAAAGCAAUUAUGAAAUUAGUUUGUCAAUAUGGAACAGGACGGGAAACACUACGUUGUUUGGCCUUAGGAACAAUUGAUGAACCACUAAGAAAAGAAGAUAUGAAACUAGAAGACUCGACAAAAUUUGUUACUUAUGAGAACAACAUUACAUUUGUUGGUGUUGUUGGUAUGCUUGAUCCACCACGUGCUGAAGUGCGUGAAGCUAUUGAACGAUGUCGUAACGCUGGUAUUCGUGUUAUCAUGAUCACUGGUGAUGAUAAGAACACGGCCGAAGCUAUUUGUCAUCGUAUUGGCAUCUUUGGAGAUUCAGAAGACACAAAAGGUAAAGCAUUUAGUGGUCGAGAAUUCGAUGAUCUUUCAACUGAAGAACAAUCAGAAGCUUGUCGUCAUGCAAAAAUGUUUGCACGUGUUGAACCAUCACAUAAAUCUAAGAUUGUAGCAUUUCUACAAUCACAUGGUGAAAUUACUGCUAUGACUGGUGAUGGUGUCAACGAUGCACCUGCUUUGAAAAAAGCUGAAAUUGGUAUUGCUAUGGGUUCCGGUACAGCUGUUGCUAAAUCAGCAUCUGAAAUGGUUUUAGCUGAUGAUAACUUUUCAUCAAUUGUAUCUGCUGUUGAAGAAGGUCGUGCUAUCUAUAAUAACAUGAAACAAUUUAUUCGUUAUUUGAUUUCAUCAAAUAUUGGAGAGGUUGUGUGCAUUUUUUUGACUGCUGCUCUUGGUUUACCCGAAUCAUUGAUUCCUGUUCAAUUACUUUGGGUCAAUUUGGUCACAGAUGGUUUACCAGCAACAGCACUUGGUUUCAAUCCACCUGAUUUGGAUAUUAUGGAUCGUGCACCACGAAAAUCAAAAGAAGCUCUAAUAACACCAUGGUUAUUUUUUCGCUAUUUAGUUAUCGGAAGUUAUGUUGGUUUUGCUGUAGUAUGGAGCGCUUCAUGGUGGUCAAUGCAUGCAUCAAAUGGUCCAAAACUUUCCUAUUGGCAUUUGAAAAAUCAUUUCAAAUGUCGUGCAGGUGGUAAAGAAUGGGAAAAUAUUAGUUGUUCUGUUUUUGAAGAUCCACAUCCAAUGACAAUGGCUUUAUCAGUACUUGUCACUAUUGAAAUGUUAAAUGCACUUAACAGUUUGUCGGAAAAUCAAUCUCUUAUUAAAAUGCCACCAUGGAAAAAUAAAUAUCUAUUAUAUGCUAUUGCUUUAUCAAUGUCAUUACAUAUGAUGAUUUUAUACAUUCCUAUGUUCAAUACUGUAUUUCAAAUCUGUCCACUUUCAGUAGAAGAAUGGAUGGCUGUAAUCAAAAUUUCUUUACCAGUUAUAUUAAUAGAUGAAUUAUUGAAAUUUAUUGCACGACAAUAUAUUGAUCAGGGUUCAAAAUUGAAACAUGAAUAA